UGAAAUCACGAUGGACGCUCUUCUGGAAAGACUGAGCUGUAAGCUCCUCCAAGCUGGGAAACACAAGGCGUAUCACACUGAGUACUCGCUCUUACAAAGUGACUCGGAACGUGUAAAGUACACCAUACAACUCCUCAUCGAUUAUUCAAGGCCCUUGCCCUCGAAGAUAAUUAGCAAGUCCUCUGAGGAGUCGUCACGCCUCCGCGAGAUGGGCAACUUUGUCUUCUCAAUGAAGAUCGUAGACAGUUACCUCGACGUGUCAAUCCAGAAAUACACGGAGAGCAUAGUCUUCGCCCCGACAGGCUCCGAAGAAUUGUCCAUUGCUUACGGGAAUCGUUCAGCAAUGUUGAUUUUGGCUCGCCUCUACGACGAUUGCCUCCUGGACAUAUCGAGAGCUCUCGCACUCCCUUACCCCGAUAAUUUGAAGGCAAAACUGUACGCACGCCAGGCACGAUGCCUCAUGGCUCGGGGUAUAUCUUCAAAAUCCUCAAAGCAAGAACUAGAAAAGUGCCGAGAGAACGGUCGUCUGUGGCUGGAUAAAAUGGAUCCAAAAAAUACCACUAAAUCUGAAGUUGAGAAGAUUCUGAAGGGCACUAAGAGGUUUCCCGCCCAGGCACCUUACGUCAAAUGGGACGCGACAAAAAAUCUCCCCAAGUUAAUCGAUGAAAACAAGCAAAUCCCCGGGUUAUCUGCCAGCCUCGAGCUGAAGUACUCGGAUGAAUUCGGCAAACACAUGGUGGCAACUAGAGAUAUUGAUCCAGGAGAUGUUCUCGGGAUUAUGGAGCCGUAUGCUUGUGUCUUAGUCCCAGAGAAGAUGCUCACACACUGCUGGGGUUGUCUGGAGCAGACUUGGAGCUCGAUUCCCUGUCCAAAUUGUGUUAAUGUCAUUUACUGCAGUGAGGAGUGCAGGGACAAGGCUUGGGAGGAGCAUCAUGAUGUAGAGUGCCCGGUGAUUGGGGUGCUGUUACACCAAGAGAUGAGUAAUCUAGGGCUUUUGAGUCUUAGGAUAGCUAUCAAGGCCAUCAAACAAGCGGGGGGAAUUGAGGAGCUGAGGAAGAAGGUGGAGAAGAUCGAGGGCAGGACAGGAAUACCCGAUGGCUUCAAUGGGAAAAUUUUCGAUGAUAAGGACUAUGCGAAUGUUUAUACACUUGCUAGGAACACUGACAAGAGAUCCGUACCAGAUUUGGUUGGCAGAUCGCUCAAUAGUGCCUUCAUUGUUUACACACUGGCCACGAGGACUCGACUUUUCGGGAAGCAAUUGCCUGCGGAUUUGGAAGAGCUCAAGGAGAACGAGGACGUCAUCUUCGUGGGAGGACUCAUUAUGAGGCAUCAGCAAAUUAUUCCAAGCAACGUACAUGGGGUAUCGGAAGAGGGUUUAGGGACUGAUCCUGUUGAGAAAAGUGCUGCUCUGAUGCCUGUCUACAGCCUGAUCAACCAUAGCUGCUGUCCUUCCGUCUGCAGAGUUAACCAUGGAAGAAAAAUGGUCUUAUAUUCUGAAACUGUUAUCUCCAAGGGGGAGCAGGUAUUCGAUAAUUAUGGACUCCACUAUGCAAUGAUGCCAAAGUCUUAUCGACGCUUCAAAUUGCUGCAGCAAUUUCUAUUCUUCUGUCAGUGCGAGGCCUGCAUGUUGGACUGGCUUGGGGUAGUGCGAACGCAGGUUAUACAGAAGGCACUGCAGAAAUUACCUUACUAUUAUCAAUGUGCGCUCGUCAGGAAUGUAGAGGAUGGCCCUGCGAUGAUUAAAGAUCUCAAUCAUAUGCUGAAGGUCCUCGCCAUGAACGCUGACGUACCGUGCCGCGAGGUCAGCGACGUCGUCGAGACAGCGAAACGCAUCUAUGCACUUCUUGCCAAUCGAUACCAAUCAUUGAAUUCAUAA